AUGUCUUCGUCAGGAAUUUCUGGUUCGAAGCUUCAAGAUCGCAUUGCCACUCAAGGCUUCCAUUCCAUUGUCCCUUAUGAUCGCUGUGUGCGUCUCCACAAGACGUGUGUUCGUGGUGGUGGGAAGGUGAAGUGCGUGAUGUCUUCAACUCCUUCGUAUUCCGAGGCCGAAUGGCGAAAACUGGUAAAAAUGCAGGCCGACAUUGCGGAGCAACGGCGCGCUGCCCUUGAAGCCAGUCAAGAAGCCAUGGCCCGUUUAAUGCGUUUGGAUCGUCAUGAAGCCUUGCUCCGUGAACGAGCCGGUGACUUCAUUGCUCAUUUCGCCAUUCCGCGACCCGCCGCCCCAAGCUGA